AUGGACGAUAUCACCAGGUCGCUCAUCAGAUUCGUUGUGCGUGCAUUCCACUCCCGCCCGUGCAUACUUGUCGCCGAUGCCGUGCUCCUACACUCGGUACUCUCCGAGGACGACUUGAUCUAUCUUCUAGGCAUCAACAGGAAAGAGCUCAGAGCCUAUUGUAACAAGCUUGUGGAGGAUAGGCUUCUUCUGACACAUGUGCAGAAAGAAGAAAACUACCAGCAGAGACUUGCUAAUAGAACAUACUACUACAUUCAUAUCACCGAAGCUAUCGAUGCCAUCAAGUGGAAAGUGCACUCGAUCGUCACCAGCAUCAAGGACGAGAUGUCUGCUUAUGGUAAUCCUCACGGGUACUUGUGCCCUCGGUGUGGGAGGAAAGUUUCACAGCUUGAUGCGAUUUCAUUGUUGAGCGACGACAAAUCCUCGUUUAUCUGUGAUCAGUGCUCUGGUGUGCUUGUAGAAGACGAUUCGCUGCUCAAGGCCAGUGUGAAACAGGAAAGGUUGGAGAAGCUCAUGAUCCAGAUUGACCCAAUCAUUGGGUACCUCAAAAAAAUCGACAACUCCAACAUCGAAGAUAAUAACUUUGAGAUUGCUCUCACAAGAGCCAUCCCAGCGCAGUCAGGUUCAACCGCGUUGUACAAUAUUUCAGGCCGUGGCACGGGCAAAAACCGUGGCCAGAUGUCCCAGUCGCUUCAGAAUGCGGCUUCCAAGGCCAACGCCACCUUACAUGUCUCGAUCACAGCCUCGGACGAGAAUUACGAGCGUGAACAACAAGAAAAGGAAGAAAGAAGACAAAAAUUGGAACAGAAUGCUUUGCCCUCGUGGCAUUCGUCUUCUACAGUGGGGCAGAAGGAGUUCAGCAGUGUCAGCGACGAGCCAAAGUCAGAAGGUGUAGUUGUCAAGGAGGAACCUGCCACAGUCAAACAGGAGAACAGCACCGGCGCUGGCUCUCCUGCUUCACCAUCUCCACCGGUACCUGACGCAGCAAAGAAAGAACAAGAUGCACAGGAUGUGCUUGCAGCAUACUAUGCUCACUUGGCUGAGAGAGAAGCAGAAGAAGACGAAGACGAAGAUGAUGAUGACGAGAUUGAUUUUGAGGACGUUUGA